AUGACGAAGCGCAAAGCGGAAGAGGUCGAGGCUGGCUCCUCUGACCAACUUAGCAAAGUCGCAAAGCUCUCUCAAAAAGAGUCUCAACCCGACAGCAUCAACGAGGCCGACGCUCUCAACACCAGCACCACCAGCAACGCCGGCCCAAACGGCGACACCACCAACACCGAGAGCCCACCCGACGAAACCACUCCAAACUCACCUCAAGCCGACUCCACAACCCUCACCACCGCCGAGGCCACAGACACAGACCCCAUCCCACCAAAACCGAAAGGCAAGAAGAAAGCCACCCCAGUAAAAACAAAACCCAAACCCACCCGUAAAACCACCCGCUCCAAAACCGAAACCCCUCCCUCUCCACCACCCCCAUCAAAACCAAAACGCAUCAACAAAACCCUAAAAUCCAAAAUCAAGACCCUCCUCACCUACCUCGAAACAAACCCACCCCCUCCCCUCUCCCGCACCACCCUCGAAAUCCCCAAACCCCACCUCCUCGCCGCCCUCAUGACAAUGCGCCAAGACUACGAAAUCGGAGAUCCGAAAUGGGCGGAUCUCCAAACCGAUGUUGGAGAAGCUGUUAUCGAAGAGUUUGAGGCACCGACUGGAACGCUGGGGUUUAUGACUGAGUGGGUGGUGCUGGAUUUGAGGGUUAAGACGGAGAUUGAGAAGAUGGUUGAGGGUAAGGUUGAAGGGUGGGGACUUGAGGAUGUUAGGUUUUUGGAGGUUGAGGUGGAGAUGGUGGGGAGGAGGAGGGAGGGGGAGGCGGCGUGGAGGUUUUUUGAGAGUGUGGAGGAUGUGCGGAGUGAGGAUGAGGAUGAGGAUGAGGAUGAGGGGGAGGGAAGGAGGUUUGGGGUUUGUCCUAUGCCUGCUGCUGAGGUUUUUUGA